AUGACUGAGACUCAGGCUCCCGAGGUUGACUACACCCUCAACAACCCCGAUACCCUCACCAAGUACAAGACUGCUGCGCAGAUCUCUCACAAAGUCCUCGAGGCUGUUGCAGGAUGGUGUGUUGAGGGAAGCAAGAUCGUUGAGCUCUGCCAGAAGGGUGACCAGCUCCUCGAUGAGGAGCUCGCCAAGGUCUACAAGGGCAAGAAGAUCACCAAGGGUAUCGCUCACCCCACGACGGUCUCCCCUAGCUCCCAUGUGACUCCUUACACCCCAUUGGUGUCGGACGCUCAAGAGGCCGAGACCACCCUCAAGGCCGGGGAGAUUGUCAAGAUCCAACUCGGUGCCCAGAUCGAUGGCUUCGGUACCAUUGUUUGCGACAUGAUCGUUGUCGCUGACAAGGACUCGUCCAAGGAUGUUGUGACCGGCCGUGAGGCUGACCUCAUCCACGCUACUCACUAUGCCAACGAGCUCCUGCUCAGACUCAUGGUGCCCCCCGGUCUCCUGGCCAGCGGCACUGAAGAGGAGAAGAAGAAGGCCGCUGCUGAGAAGGCCCCUACCCAGAGCCAGAUUUCCAGCCUGAUCGAGAAGGUCGCCAAAGCUUACGACUGCAAUGUCGUCGAGAACACCACCAGCUGGCUGUUUGACCGCAACGAGAUCGAGGGCGAGAAGAAGAUCAUUCUUUCUCCUGGCUCCGGUGUCAAGGGUGAGGGUGUUCCCGAUGUCGGUGAGGUCUGGGGUGUUGAGAUUGGUCUCUCUCUUGGAUCUGGAAAGGUCAAGACCCUGCCUCUCCGCGCCACUCUGCACCGCCGUACCACCACCACCUAUAUCCUCAAGAGACCCAGCUCGAGACAGACUCUGUCCGAAGUCGUCAAGAAGUUCGGCACUUUCCCCUUCAGCUUGCGCCAGCUUGAUGAUGAGAAGGCCGCCAAGGUCGGUGUCGUUGAGUGUGUCCGUGGCGGUGUCCUGAGACAGUACGAACCCGCUGGUGAUGCCGACAACGCUCCCGUUUCUCGUCUGCUGACGACCAUUGCUAUCACCAAGAACGGUAUCACCAAACUGGCGGCCCCCACCACCCCUGAUCUGUCCAAGUUCCAGACCGACAAGAAGAUCGAGGAUGAGGAGAUUCUCAAGAUCCUCGAGCGCCCCUUGGCCAGAAACACCGGCAACAAGAACAAGAACAAGAAGAAGAAGCCCGCUGCCAAGGAGGGAGAGUCCAAGGAUGAGUAA